UGUGUAACUUCCUAAUUAACUGCAACCCACGAUGGCUCUCUCAGAGGGAGAGUUCCCAACCUGCAGCAAAACCAGCCCCCAGGGCCGCUCCAAGCAGCCCCGCGCCGCUGUGGCGAUAUCGGGGGGCCGCAGCCCUCCCCCCAUAGGCGGCGGGGAGCCCCCCUCUCCCCAGCACCCCCAGGGCCGCCCCCGGGGGCCGGGCGGGAGGUGCGGGCCGCCCCGAGGCGAUAAAAGCGGGAGCCGCCUCCCGCCGCUGCCCCCAGCAUGAAGCUCACCUGGGACAUCAACGACCCCAAGCUACCGCAGGAGCCCGAGCGCUUCGAUGCCUUCCAGGAAUGGCCGGACGGCUACGUGCGCCUCAUCUACUCCAGCGAGGAGAAGAACGCGCAGCGGCACCUGAGCGGCUGGGCCAUGCGUAACACCAACAACCACAACUGCCAGAUCCUGAAAAAGUCCUGCCUGGGAGUGGUGGUGUGUGCAGGGAGCUGUGCCCUGCCCGGCGGGGCCAGGCUGCAGCUGCGGCCCGCCAUCUGCGACAAGGCGCGGCAGAAGCAGCAAAAGAAAGCCUGUCCGAACUGCAAUGCAGCCCUGCAGCUCAUCCCUUGCCGCGGGCACAGUGGCUAUCCUGUCACCAACUUCUGGAGACUGGAUGGCAAAGCAAUAUUUUUCCAGGCUAAAGGAGUCCAUGACCACCCUAGACCAGAGAGUAAAUUGGAGGCAGAGGCAAGACGAAGUGCAAUUAAGAAGCAUAUGUUGUCUUCUCAGCAUUCCCAGAAAAAGAGACUUCUAAACUCAGAGGCUGGAAGAUACCAUGAUAGCAGUGGUUAUGUCAGUAACAUGCAAAAUCUGCCCUCCAUAGAUGUCCCAGAAAGAGUCAGCAUUGUCACAGACACCAGUUUUUCAAUUCCAGCUCAGUCUUACCCUUUGCCGCAAAAUACCGACCUCUACAAGAUGUCUUAUGACUCGGCCAGCUUCCAAGAGGAUCAGCUGUUGCCAUACCAGAAGUGCCCCAAUCCGAGGAUCUUUGUGCCCAGGCCAUGUAGUUACGAGUUUGGAGUUCCUCCCUUCAUUAGCUCCAGCCCUUACCCAUCAUGUUAUAAAGAUCCAGCAAAUCCUCCCCUUGAUGCAGACCCUAUCAGUUUGAAUGGAUCUCACUAUAAUUCCUUGACCAGCAUUGACAAGAGCUUUGACCAUACUGGUAGGCAUUAUGGACUGAAACCAAUCUGGGGGAAAACUGGUAGUGGAGACAGGAGCGACUAUGGUCAGAUGCAAACAAACACCAACCACCCUUAUUAUGGUGGUGAGUACUCCAGCAAAUACGGUCCCAGCCCCUCUCCCAUGGCCCCACCGCUACAGACUGUCAUCACAACCACCACAAAAGUGUCCUACCAGGCCUACAAGCCAUCCAUGCUGAAAUACAGCGACAACCUCUGCGACAUGAAAAACCUUCAGAGCUAUACACAUGUGGCUGAAAAUGUCUCAGGCACUAUCUAUUCAGGGAUGAAGAUUCAGGAAGACUUUGGGAUGAUCAAGUCGGCAUUGCUCUACCAGCAUGACCCAAUCACCACAAAGUCUGAACCAGUGGAGAGCGUGGAGGCCUAUCGGUACGGGAUACCGCUGGGGAACAGCUAUGCUGAGCAUGAAGGACAAGCCUUAAGGUUUGAGAGUAGUGAAUACUGACUAAAUGUUACCUACAUUCUAUUGGGAUGGUCAACUGAGAAAUCAAUGGUUGCGCUAAUGGUAUGUUGUUUGAGAUUUGAGGAGGUGUGAGAAAGCAGUGCAUUGUUGCUUUCUGGAACUGAAGCAUAUUCCCCAUGCCCCCAUCCCC